AUGCCGAAGGAGAAGACCCACAUUAACUUGGUCGUUAUCGGCCACGUCGACAGUGGUAAAUCCACCACCACUGGUCACCUGAUCUACAAGCUCGGUGGUAUUGACAAGCGUACCAUUGAGAAGUUCGAGAAGGAGUCUACCGACAUGGGUAAGGGUUCCUUCAAGUACGCCUGGGUCUUGGACAAGCUGAAGAGCGAGCGUGAGCGUGGUAUCACCAUUGACAUUACCCUGUGGAAGUUCGAAACUGGCAAGUACUACUACACCGUCAUUGACGCCCCCGGUCACCGUGACUUCAUUAAGAACAUGAUUACGGGUACCUCCCAGGCCGAUGUUGCUAUGCUUGUCGUGCCCGCCGAGGCUGGUGGUUUCGAAGCUGCCUUCUCUAAGGAAGGUCAGACCCGUGAGCACGCUCUUUUGGCCUUCACCCUUGGUGUCAAGCAGAUCAUUUGCGCCAUCAACAAGAUGGACAAGUGCGACUACAAGGAGGACCGUUACAGCGAAAUCCAGAAGGAAGUUCAGGGUUACCUGAAGAAGGUCGGUUACAACAUCGAGAAGGUGCCUUUCGUCGCCAUCUCCGGUUUCAUGGGUGACAACAUGGUUGAGCGCUCCACCAACAUGCCGUGGUACAAGGGCAAGACCUUGGUCGAGGCCCUCGACAUGAUGGAGCCCCCGAAGAGGCCCGUCGACAAGCCCCUGCGUCUUCCCCUCCAGGGUGUGUACAAGAUCGGUGGUAUCGGUACCGUCCCUGUCGGUCGUGUGGAGACUGGUCAGCUCAAGGCCGGUAUGGUCCUCACCUUCGCCCCCAACCCGAUCACUACUGAGUGCAAAUCCGUCGAAAUGCACCACGAAGUUAUCGAUGUUGCCAGCCCUGGUGACAACGUUGGUUUCAACGUGAAGAACGUGUCCACCUCUGACAUCCGCACUGGUCACGUCGCUUCUGACUCCAAGAACGACCCCGCCAAGGCCGCCGUGUCCUUCACCGCCCAGGUCAUCAUCUUGAACCACCCUGGUACCAUCAAGGCCGGUUACUCCCCUGUGGUUGACUGCCACACUGCCCACAUCUCGUGCAAAUUCGACGAGAUCACCAGCCGUAUGGACAAGCGUACCGGUAAGGCCCUUGAGGAGAACCCCAAGACCAUCAAGAACGGUGACGCCGCUAUGGUCGUCCUGAAGCCUUGCAAGCCCAUGGUCGUCGAGGCCUUCACUGAAUACGCUCCCCUUGGUCGUUUCGCCGUGCGUGACAUGAAGCAGACCGUUGCUGUCGGUGUCAUCAAGAGCGUCGAGAAGAAGGAGCCUGGUUCCUCUGCCAAGAUCACCAAGUCAGCCCAGAAGGCCUCCAAGAAGUAA